GACUGCAUUAUAUUCAUAGGAAGAAAGAAACAAUGAGUGAUUCUACGGUUUUAGAGUGGCUUAGGCCCUUUGUUGAGGCCAAAGCUUGGGACUUUGUGGUUGUUUGGAAAUAUGGGGAUGACCCUACUAGCUUCAUUGAGUGGUUGGGUUGUUGCUGUAGUGGGAGCUGUGGUGAAAGCAUUGAGGAUGCAAAGAAGCUCAAAGAUGAAGAAAUGGAUGAAAAACAGAACGACAUAGAUUCUUCUUCCAUUUGCAAGGAUGCACAUUUUCAGCAUCCAAUUAGAACCAAGGCUUGUAAGGCUCUUUAUCAGCUUCCUUUUGCAAUGUCUCUCUAUUCUGGUGUCCAUGGAGAGGUUGCAAUAUCGCAGCAACCAAAAUGGCUUACUCAUGGAGAGGAAAUUGGAACACAAGUUUUGAUCCCUGUUGUUGGUGGUCUUGUUGAGCUCUUCACGACAAAGCUUGUUCCAAAAGACAAUAACAUCUUAGAGUUCAUAAGAGCACAUUGCUAUGUUUCAUUGAAGCAAGAAGCUAUAUGUGCACAGCACCACACCGAUGUGAACUUCAGUGAAAAUCUGUCAUCAGAAGAACAAUACACACAGAGCUCGCCACAACUUGCGUCAACUUUAACUGACGGUGUCCAUCUUCUUGCAGCAAACUGGUGCAAAUCGGAUCCUUACAUUGAAGAACCUUCCAGUGGAUCUAAUCCUUCAAGCGAAUACACAUCAUUUGAUUCGAAAUUUGUCUGCUUGACUCACCAUGAAUAUCUGGGUGAGUCGGUUAAAUUAUCACCUACCUGCAAAACCGAAAGGCCUAAGUACAAUGAAACUUCAGGGAAGCAGCAAGGAACUUUGAGUUCCUAUUGUGGCAAUGGCAAAAGAAAUAAAACAAAAUCAGUCAGGGUGCCUCCGAAGGAAGGUUACCAUGCUAAAAAUCUUGCCACAGAGAGGAGAAGAAGAAACAAGAUUAAAAAUGGCCUGUUCACUUUAAGGUCUCUAAUGCAAACCGAAGUGAAUCAUAUAAGCAGGACAGAGUUCUUGCUUAAGGUAUGCUGGGAGCAGAAGCCAGGUGGGUUUUCAAGGUUGAUGGAAGCUAUAAAUUCAUUUGGAUUUCAGGUGGAAACUGCCAAUAUGACCACAAUUGACGGAAAGGCUCAGAUCAUUCUAACAGUUGAGGCAGCCAAGGAGGGAAUUCACCCAACUAAGCUGAAGGAUUUUUUGACAGAGCAAACAGGUUGA